UAUUGCGUCGGCGAAGAGAAUAUGGCUGAGGCGGUAGUUUCCUUUGUGGCAGAAAAAGGCUUGGAGACUUCAUCAUCCAAGAAGGGAAGUUCUUGUAUGGAGUCAGUCAUCAAGUUGAGCUUGCACAAACUGAGCUACAGUUGAUGAGGGGCUUCCUCAAAGAUACUGAUGCAAGACAAGGAGAUGAUGAAACUGUUCGAAUCUGGGUUGCGAAAAUCAGAGAUACUGCUUAUGAUUUGGAAGAUGUGGUUGAAAUCUGUGUUAGGAGUGGUGUCCAAGAGAGGAGGUUUCAAGAGUAUACUGAAAAGGUUUGGUUGCAUGUUCAAGGAAGGAGUUGAUCUUCACAAAAUUGGGUCAGAAAUUCAGAACAUUGCCACCGAUAUUUCUACUUUGAGGUCUAGUUUGGAAACUUACAACAUCAGACCGGCAAGGGAGAGCGGAGCGGGAGGUGUCUCUUUUGAGCAUGAGAUGCAGCAACGACUAAGGCGGACAUACUCUCAUAUAGUUGAACGCGAUGUUGUUGGGUUGGAGGAUAGUGUGAAGGAAUUGGCGAUGCAUUUGGUGAGAAGUGGAGACGGCCAUCGAGUUGUUUCUAUUUGGGGGAUGGGAGGUUUGGGGAAAACAACUCUUGCAAAACGGGUUUAUCAUGAUAAGGAAGUCAGACAACACUUCGAUUGUUUUGCUUGGGUUUGUAUAUCUCAACGAUGUCAAGUACGAGAUGUUUGGGAAGAAAUCCUAGUAAAAGUAUCUGCUGUGCAAAGAACAGAGAUUGCUCAAACGAGGGAUGGAGAAAUAGCCAAGAAGCUUCAUCUUGUUCAACAAGAGAGUGGAUGUUUAGUAGUACUUGAUGACAUAUGGAGUAUCGAAACCUGGGAGUCUCUGAAAGCAGCAUUUCCACUGUGUGCGGAAACUAAGAGCAGAAUAUUACUCACCACGCGCAAUGAAGAAGUAUCUUUGCAUUCAGACAGAAAUGGUUUCCUCUUCCAACCUCGAUCACUUAAUGACGAUGAAGUUGGCAACUCUUGAAGAAGAUAGCAAUUUCCGGUAGAGAGG